AUGGUUUUAAGGCAGCUGGCAUUUUCCAUAUUUUACGAUCCAUAUGUUUUCAGUCAUGUAGACUUUUUAUGUUAUUAUGUAUCUGAUCAGCCAAUUCCAGCAAAUAUCUCUACCUUAUCAGCCAGUUUGUCCAGCAGUAUUUCUCAACCAGUACAAAAAACGAUUUCUGUCAGUAUAGCUAAUGUAUACGAUCAGACAGACCCUGCAACUAAGGCUUACAAUUUAAGUAAAUUAUCUGAUUUCCAAACACAAACAAUCCAUACACCACUAUUUAUUGUAUCUGAAGUUACUGGUGACAAGAAACAGCAAAUAAGCACUUCUGCCUACCAUUGGGCAGCAGAAGAUAUAAGGCCAUUUCCAAAAGCGGGUGAGAGGGCGAGAAAGAGAAAAAGUGCAAAAAGAAAAUGUUCCUGGUCUCUGGUAUUGACUGACACACCAACAAGAAAUGAACUAGUUGUAAGUUUACUAGAAUAUAUCUCAUACCCAUCUUGUAUAUCUUCAAAUAACACCAUUAUACAUGAUCCAAACAAAAUAUCGGAAAAAUUCCACUUGUUCUUCAUUUCAAUACCUGACGAAUUGCAAAAAAACAUUGACUCAUCCCAUACUAACUUCUAUAACUAUUUAAAAACACCAAACCUUGAAUCUAUAUUCAUUAAACCUACUGAUGAAAAUGAAAUUUUAUAUAUUGUUCUUUAUCUAAAUGAUGGCAAGGCUUCUGGUCCAUACAGCAUUCCAACCUUUAUUCUUAAAUUUCUUGCUUGGGAUAUUUCUCCAUUACUUUCUAAACUAUUUAACCUCUCAUUCGUUACAGGUAUAUUUCCUAACAUUUUCAAAACAGCAUUUGUUAAACCAAUUCAUAAAAAGGGCUCAAAACUUGACUGUAAUAACUACAGACCAAUAUCAUUAUUAUCUAAUAUCAGCAAAAUUCUUGCAAAACUAAUGUAUUCUCGUAUCUACCACUUUCUUAAUAAUUUUAAGUGCUUAUAUGGCCGCCAGCCUGGUUUUUGUUUAAAACAUUCUACUUCCCAUGCUCUUAUUAGCAUUACUGAAAUGAUUCGUGGUGCAAUCAAUAGUGGUUCAUUUGCUUGUGGUGUCUUUAUUGAUUUCCAAAAAGCUCUUGACACGGUUGACCACAAGAUUUUAAUUAAAAAGUUAUUCUACUAUGGUAUACAGGGUAUCGUUAACAAUUAG